CUCAGGAAAGUAUGGUGGUUCUACGUCACUAGGCAAAUCAGAGGAGACUACCCAUCUAUAAUGACAGGUGGUGGUAGACACCUGAAUUGUAGUGAUGCAUUCUCUUCCGACAGGCUCCAAAUGAUGGUUAUUCUGUAGGAUUGGGAGAUGGAUGUAUUGUCCUUGUCCGUGCCGUUUGCUUUUGUGGGAAGAAAAAAAUGUUGAGUGUGGUUUUCGAUGGUGGAUGUGACAUCCGACGAUUGCCGAGGAAGAAAGGUUGCAUUGGCAAAUGGGGCCUCAACAAUCUCUUGUGCCAUUUGAACUUUAAUUUGAUUAUCGAUGAAGCAAGAUAUUCUAGAUUUAUCGAAUCCUAUUUUUUUCAUCAGAUCGAUAUGGUUGUCUGUACGAACUACGGCAUAAGCUUCUUUGAGCAGCUUUUGACGGUGUUUCCAUCUUUUAAUUUCUCAGCAAUUGCAAGUACCAACCUCAGAGUUGAAAAAGUUCUAGGUACAUCUAUUGAAUCGUUGAAGGCUUCCACGCGCCACCUCCUUCUCCCCCUCCUUCGCCGGGUCGAGAAGGGAGCAGCGACGAAGCAGAGGUAGACGUGGACACGUGGUAGGAGCCAAGGGGGGAACGGGGAAAGGCGGACGCGAGAUCCGUGAAGCCAGAGAAGGUACGUGAGCUUGUCCACCGCAGGCUAUAGCUCCAAAAUCGGCGGUGUCAGCCGCCACCAGUGCCACCGUGUUCGCCUCCGGCUGGCCUGGUAGCAACAAAAGUAUGGCUGCAGGUGUGGUUCAUUCAGUUUUGUAGUUCGAUUUACUUGCUUGUGCAUAUGUGCGUGUAUACUGAGAGAGAGGGAGAGAUUAUUCUGUUCUAGCAGUCAUA